AUGGCCAAGGGCUUCUACAUUUCCAAGCCUGUGGGCAUCCUGGCCAUCCUCCUGGGCGUGGCGGCCGUGUGCACCAUCAUCGCUCUGUCCGUGGUGUACUCCCAGGAGAAGAACAGGAGCACCGAGAGUUCCACGGCGGCCUCCACGGCGGCCCCCACGGGCCCUACCACCACCGUGGCUACUACCUUGGACCAAAGCAAGCCAUGGAACGUCUACCGUCUACCCAAGACGCUGAUUCCCAACUCCUACAACGUGACGCUGAGGCCCUACCUCACCCCCAACAAUAAGGGCCUGUACGUCUUCACGGGCACAAGCAUCGUUCGCUUCACGUGCAAGGAGUCCACCAACAUCGUCGUCAUCCACAGCAAGAGGCUCAACUACACCAACCACCAGGGGCACAUGGUGGCCUUGUCGGGCGUGGGGGGCUUCCAGCCGCAACCUGUCAUCGUCAGGACGGAGCUGGUGGAGCUCACCGAGUACCUGGUCGUGCACCUCCAGGAGCCGCUGGUGGCCGGCAGACAGUACGAGAUGAAGAGUGAGUUCCAGGGGGAGCUGGCCGACGACCUGGCGGGCUUCUACCGCAGCGAGUACAUGGAGAACGGCGUCAAAAAGUAAGUUGCGUCUGCAUCUGCUCACAUGAAGGCCACGUUUAACAUCACCAUCAUCCACCCCAACAACUUGGUGGCCCUGUCCAACAUGCUGCCCAGAGGCCCCAGCGUCCCGUUUGGUGAAGAUCCCACCUGGAAAGUCACCGAGUUCGAAACCACACCCAUAAUGUCUACUUACCUGCUGGCCUACAUCGUUAGUGAGUUCUCAUAUGUGGAGACAAGAGCUCCCAGUGGCGUCCUGAUCCGGAUCUGGGCCCGGCCCAGUGCAAUCAACCAGGGCCAUGGCGAUUAUGCCCUGAAGGUGACAGGCCCCAUCCUGGACUUCUUUUCCCAACAUUACGACACGCCCUACCCGCUCAACAAAUCGGACCAGAUUGCCUUGCCUGACUUCAACGCUGGCGCCAUGGAGAACUGGGGGCUGGUGACCUACCGGGAGAGUGCGCUGCUGUAUGACAGGCAGUCCUCCUCCAGCGGCAACCAGGAGCGCGUGGUCACCGUGAUUGCUCACGAGCUGGCCCACCAGUGGUUUGGGAACCUGGUGACCUUGGAGUGGUGGAAUGACCUAUGGCUGAACGAGGGCUUCGCCUCCUACGUGGAGUACCUAGGUGCUGACUUUGCAGAGCCCACGUGGAAUUUGGUUGUAGACAAACAGCAGACCAUCAAGCUGCCCGACACCGUGAGUGCCAUCAUGGACCGCUGGAUCCUGCAGAUGGGCUUCCCCGUCAUCACUGUGGACACGCAGACAGGCGCCAUCUCCCAGCAGCACUUCCUCCUUGACCCCCAGUCCGUGGUCACCCGCCCCUCACAGUUCAACUACCUGUGGAUCGUUCCCAUCUCUUCUGUCAGAAACGGCAGCCCGCAGGCUCACUACUGGAUGCCGGGCGUCGAGAAAGCCCAGAAUGACCUGUUCAAGACCACAGCUAAUGACUGGGUUCUGCUGAACCUCAACGUGACGGGCUACUACCUGGUGAACUAUGACAAUGAAAACUGGAAGAAGAUCCAAACUCAGCUGCAGACAGACCUGUCGGUCAUUCCCGUCAUCAAUCGGGCUCAAGUCAUCCACGAUGCCUUCAACCUGGCGAGUGCCCAAAAGGUCCCCGUCACUCUGGCGCUGAACAACACUCUCUUCCUGAUCCGAGAGACCGAGUACAUGCCCUGGCAGGCCGCCCUGAGCAGCCUGAGCUACUUUAAGCUCAUGUUCGACCGCUCUGAGGUCUACGGCCCCAUGAAGAGGUACCUGAAGAAGCAGGUCACGCCCCUCUUCAAUCAUUUCGAAAGAGUCACCAAAAACUGGACUGAUCACCCGCAAGCCCUCAUGGACCAGUACAGCGAGAUUAACGCCGUCAGCACCGCCUGCUCCUACGGGGUUCCUGAGUGUGAGAAGCUGGCCUCGACUCUUUUCGCCGAGUGGAAGAAGAACCCCCAAAACAACCCGAUCCACCCCAACCUGCGGUCCACCGUGUACUGCAAUGCCAUCGCCCAGGGCGGCGAGGAGGAGUGGAACUUCGUGUGGGAGCAGUUCCUAAAGGCUGAACUGGUGAACGAGGCUGACAAACUCCGCGGAGCCCUGGCCUGCAGCAACCAGGUCUGGAUCCUGAACAGGUUCCUGAGUUAUACCCUGGACCCUAACUUCAUCCGGAAACAAGAUGUCACCAGCACUCUCAGCAGCAUCUCCAGCAACGUCGUCGGGCAAACCCUGGCCUGGGACUUUGUCCAGAGCAACUGGAAGAAACUCUUUCAGGACUAUGGCACUGGUUCCUUCUCCUUCUCCAACCUCAUCCAGGCGGUGACCCGACGAUUCUCCACUGAGUUCGAGCUGCAGCAGCUCGAGCAGUUCAAGAAGAACAACAUGGACACAGGCUUCGGCUCAGCCACCCGAGCUCUGGAGCAAGCCCUGGAGAAGACCAAAGCCAACAUCAAGUGGGUGAAGGAAAACAAGGAUGUGGUGCUCAGGUGGUUCACAGAAAACAGCUAA